AUGGAGUCUCUUUUGCGAUGGGGCCUGACGCAUAGCGAUCCACAGGGGCCUCCCCCUUCCGUCCAGCCGGGCCAGAAAAUAGAUCCUGGGAUCAUCGAUGUCAUACUUGGAAAGCCAGACGCGGUACAGAUGAAGGAAAACUUAGCUGUCGCUACUGAUGAAUCCCGGAGUCUCGAUGAUCGCCUUACUGCACUAGAUAACUUCGAGAUGCUCAUAGAGUCUAUUGACAACGCUAACAAUCUAACACCCCUUAAAAUGUGGGACACGCUCAUCGCAAUUCAAAACAAUUCCAAAGCACAACAAGAGUAUCUAUCUCGCGAUCCACUUCCAGCUGUCCUAUCCGUGCUGUCCUCACCUGACGCCGUAGCUAGCCCUCAGACAAGGGCCAAAGCACUUUAUACAAUCUCAGGCGCAACGAAGCACAAUGCAGAGGCCGUCCGUAAGCUCGAAAGCCUCGGCGGAUGGGACGUGCUCAAGAACGCACUAAAAGAUUCAAGCAUACAAGUCCGCAGGAAGGCUGCUUUUCUCCUUACCACACUUCUACUCCAAGAUGUACCCAAACAUGUCGACUCGUUGCCUGCCCCCUCAUCCAAUACAUCAGAUCUCCGCGGCAUCGCUAACAGGACCAGCUCAUCAACGUACACGGCAGGACUACAGACGUCCCUCUUUCCAGAUGACACUCCUUUUCCCGAAACCACCACCAGCGGGGAAGUUCGUGCUGCUUUCAAGCAACAUGAUGUUGUCCGCGUAGAUGGCGAUCUAGAUUUUGAAGAGAAGGUCGUUAGGUGCUUGCUCACAUACUUGGAUUCGGAUGAUGGGGAGUUAGGAAACGAAGAGAAGGCAAUGUUAAGGAGACUCAUUACUGGGAGAAGCGAAAGGGAAGGGAGGGAGAGGUGGGGAGCUGAUGAGAGGGAGUACGCUGCACUCGAGAAAGCAGCACAAUGAGUCGACUUGUGACGAAAUGAACGUGACAUGUUCAUAUUCCCGGUGGUCUCUCAUCCCAGCAAACUCGGUGUCCAAGGGUAUAUUGGUUGGUUCAGCAAAUCGUUAGGUGAAGACGUUAUUCCAUGGGCCAAAAAGUUAUGAGUCCUGCAGAGAGAUGCGGAGCGGAAAGCACGCCCUUUUCGGCGGACCAUGACGAAUUGCAAUACCCUUCAAUGAAUCCUACACCUUGUGAGGAGACCAGGCCUAGUAUUGCGUGCACCGGGCUUUCGGUGGGAUCCGCAUAGUAGUAAAAUCAUACAAGGCCGGCGUGCCAGAAUACCGUAGAACCGCAAAAUGCGAGUCGAGUAUGGAGAGACUUACAUAUACCUUCAGGCGCUGGCGUCGUGAGUUAAGAGUUGGCAAAUGGUAUGAGCUAGGAGAAUACCCGGGAAUGAGUCGCAUGUUUGUUUGCUG